AUGUCUGGAGACAUCCCCGCGAACGGCACCUCGGCCGCUCCCGGGGCUGGGGCCGGCGGCGGCUCGGACCCGUUGAACGGCGUUAGCGGGCUGUCGCUUGCGACGCGCACCGUCCACGCCGACGACGGCAUCAGCGCCCACCGCGACGUCGCGCCGGCCAUGCACGUCUCCACGACGUUCAAGUACAGCCGCAACCCAGACGAGCUGCAGUCAGGGGGCAAUGUCGACCCCUUGGCCCCGGGCGACACACACAUCUACUCGCGCUACUCGGCCCCAAACACAACCCGCUUCGAGGCCAUCCUCACCUCGGUCCUCGGUGGGCCCUCGCUGACCUACUCGUCUGGCCUUUCGGCCUUCCACGCCAUGCUAGUCCACCUGAACCCGAAGCGCGUCGCCAUCGGCGGCGGCUACCACGGCUGCCACGGCGUCAUCAAGAUCCUUACCAAGCUCAACGGGCUGAAGCAGCUCGAGCUCGACGAGGCGUCGCUGGAGCAGCUGGAAGCUGGCGACGUGCUGCACGUCGAGACGCCGCUCAACCCGACGGGCGAGGCUCGCAAUCUGGCGUACUUCAAGGAGAUCGCGGAGCGCAAGGGGGCAUACCUCACUGUGGAUGCCACGUUCGCGCCGCCGCCGCUGCAGGACCCAUUCCGGCUCGGCGCGGAUAUCGUGAUGCACUCCGGGACCAAGUACUUUGGCGGCCAUUCGGACAUGUUGUGCGGCGUGCUGGCCGUCCACCCGAAGCACGCGGAGAAGUGGGUGCAGAACCUGUUCAUGGAGCGGUGCUUCAUCGGUGGCGUGAUGGGGAACAUGGAGGGUUGGUUGGGCGUGCGGUCGAUGCGGACGCUGGAGCUGCGUGUGGAGAGGCAGUCCCGCUCGGCGACGGAGCUCGUCCGCUGGCUCGACGGAGAGAUCCGGCGGAACCCCGCUGGCGUCGUGGGCAGCUUCGUCGACGGCGUCGUGCAUGCCAGCCUGCAGAAGGAGGACCUGGCGGAUGGUCAGGGGUGGCUGGCGAAGCAGAUGCCAGGAGGGUUUGGCCCCGUGUUCGCGAUCCUUCUCAAGGACGCUGAGGACGCCAGGAGGCUGCCGAGCAAGAUGGAGCUGUUCCACCAUGCGACGUCGCUGGGUGGUGUCGAGAGCCUGAUUGAGUGGCGCGCAAUGAGCGAUAGCGGAUGCGACAAGAGGCUGUUGAGGGUCAGCGUCGGCGUCGAGGGGUGGGAGGAUCUGAGAGAUGACUUGGUUCAGGGCUUCGAGCAGUUGGCGGAGGAGAAGAAGAAAAGGGCCUGA